AUGGAAUCACAAGUGCGCAUGAACUUUUCCAAAGAAGUAGAGGCAGCUCUCAACAAGCAGAUAAACAUCGAACUUUACGCCUCAUACGUAUACCUAUCCAUGUCUGUAUAUUUUGAUCGUGACGAUGUUGCUUUGCCACACAUUUCAAAGUGGUUGCGAAAGCAGUCAGAUGAGGAACGCGAACAUGCUUGUAAAUUCAUGAAAAUGCAGAACCUUCGGGGUGGUCGAGUUGUGCUACAAGAUGUGAACAAACCUGAGAAGGAUGAGUGGGGCAGUGCACUGGAAGCCUUUCAGGCAAGAAUUUUUCUCAAAUUACCGAUCAAUAAAUCAGCGAGUCGAUACACCCACAGCAACUGCUUGCAGGCUGCCUUAGCUCUAGAGAAGUUCAACAAUCAGGCAUUACUUGAUCUCCACGUGAAGGCUAGCGAGGCCAACGAUCCACAGAUGACCGAUUUCCUUGAGUCUGAGUUCCUUGAUGAGCAGACCAAGUCAAUCAGCGAAAUCGCAAAGUUCGUCACGAAUCUCAAACGAGUCGGAACUGGUUUGGGUGAAUAUAUGUUUGACAAGGAAAAUUUUGAAUGA